AUGAAACUCUCAAUUGCUGCCUACGGCCUUCUCGUGGCUCUCAUCCUAUCCAUCAUGGUCACGGCUCCCAAUCCUUCAUGUCCCAGGUGUCCAGACCCCAGCUCCAGCUAUCGGCUUAAGGACAAAGUGAUGGCAGUGUGUGGAGCCCCUGGCCCAGUACCAUGUCCAGUACUCCGUCCUAAGUCAAUAUGGAGAUGUAAUAACAUGGAGAGGUGCGGGGUGAUAUUCUGGCGCAACUUGGCACGCAAUCCUCAGGAUUGUUACCAUGAUGACAAGCGGCUCCUGACACUGGAAGCCGCACUUGCCCUCGGAGUCGCACGCGCCGGGUUACGCUACUCGCCCGGUCUCCAACCCUCCGCGUUACCCGCCUCGCGCACCCGAGUCGAACCCCCCGCGUCACACCCCCCGCGCACCUCAAUGUUUCUGCAGCCGAAGAACAACGCACCCGAGUUGCGACGGAAGAAAGCCGACCAGGCGGGAUCAUCAACCCCCCGGGAACUCCCGUUUCUACUAACGAAACAACAGGAAGAAGAGCAACGGAAGCAAGCCAUCGAGGCGGAAUCAUCAGCCCCCAAGCUAUUGACGCUUCUACCGACGAAAGCUCAGGAGAAGGAAAUCGAGUCACAACGGAAGAAAGCCCGCCAGGCGGAAUCACUCCGGAACCGUUAA